UCGAAGCUAUCGACUAUAGACGAUAAAAGUCUGCAAGAACCUGUUUGUGAAGCAUAAACCCUAAACCCUACGUCAAGCCCGACAAUACUCGAAGCCGCUGCAUACCGGAGAAAAUGGCCCUGAAUUCGGUGGUUCGCAGACUUUGCUCAUCGGUGGUUCCUCUUGCUGUGCAAGCGGUCGGGUCUCCGAGAACCUACCACCGUGCAAUUUCCGCUGUUCUCAGCAUUAAUAAGGGCAGUCUUGGCCGCGAGGUCUGUCGGCGAGACUUUGUCCAAUUUCUAGAAUUCUCUACUGCCAGCGCCAAAAAACCAAGCUCCGAGGAGAGGUUGCUUCGAGUUCUUGAAUCGGAGAUUGAAUGCACCAACGAUGAGGAGCCGGAGGAUAUCCCUGAUGAUUUCCCUUUUGAAAUUGAAGACCAUCCCGGAGAAAGAACUAUACUGCUAAAAAGAAAUUAUGAAGGUGAAAUCGUAACAGUUGAAGUUGACAUGCUUACUGAGACCGAUGGUGGUGGUGACAAUGAUGCUGAGGACCCAGCUAGUAUUCCAUUGGUUGUGAGUAUUUCAAAAGGAGAUGAUAUCUGUCUGGAAAUUGGCAUCACUGCUUUCGUCGAUGAGAUCACAAUUGACAGUUUGUCGGUUAAACAGCCAGAACAUUCUGAAGACGAGCUUGCGUAUGAAGGGCCUGAUUUCAGUGAUUUGGAUGAGAAGUUGCAGAAGGAAGUACACAGUUAUCUUGAGGUCAGAGGGAUCAAACCCAGCACAACCAACUACUUGUUUUCACACAUGCAGAAUAAAGAUGGCAGAGAGUAUAGGCAAUGGUUGAAAAACCUCAAGAAUUUCAUUGAAAAGUGAUUUUACUGUCAUGCUGUUGUGAUUUGACAAAUGGAUGUUGGAGACUUGAAGUUGGAUUUUUCUACUGAAUUGGCAUACUGUUCAUGUGUUUUUAUUUUAUUAUUAGGUUUAAACUUGUAUCAGGCAUGGGGAGAUAUGAGAAGAUAACUAGGUUCUCUAUUUCCAUUUUCCAGAACAGUCUACAUAUCCAGCCACUUAAUUUUUUGAA